CUGAAUUCAUGUCAAAUUCAUGCGCGAUUUCUUGUUUUCUUCAACCGAAAUCAUGUGAAUAAUCAGCAGAUCGUGUCGUCAUGAGCGAUCGAAAACCGGCAGUGCGCGGCGGACAGAACAAACCGAGAAUGAACGGCGCGAACAGUGUGCACAUGGAGGAUCGUAACAUGUUGAGGCAGAUGGAGAGAGAGAGGAGGAAUCAGGAGGUGCAGAGGCAGCAGGAGACGCUGUAUGACAGAAUCUCUCCUCUCUUCAGUGAGCCGUAUAAGAUAAUGAAAGGGGACGAGCUGUCCAGUCGUAUUCAGAUGAUGCUAGGUGAUUUCGAGGAUGGACAUGAUGUCGCACAUGAAGAUCUUUGCUCGGUGUUUCCUUACAGGCAUUCCACUCAACUCACCUGUGUGGAGCAACCCAAGCCGUCGGGACACACACCUGAGAGCAUGCCCGCUUCCUCCGCCCCUCCAUCAGGGAGUUUACAGGCAGGUGAGAGCUGGGACUCGAGCAGUUUACCCGUCCCACUGUCCCCCCUGCAGUCCAGUGACUCAGAUGACGAAAACAGCUCGACCCGUCAGGUGGAGGCUCCUCCGCUCGCACACACACUCCCACUGAAUCUACACUCUAAACGGGGUGUGGUGAACAUGAGGAAGCCCACAGCAUACGUGAGGCCGAUGGACGGUCAGGACCAGAUGAACAGUGACUCUCCUGAUAUGAAGGCCUCAUCAGAGAUGCAUGAGAUCUUACCUGACCUGAAGAACUGCAGCACGCCGAACCGUUCUCUCCUGAAGCUGCCAUCACAGUGUGUUGAUAUGGUGCGUGAUGAAGGUCAGCGUGUGGAGGACAUUCUGAAGGAAAUGACCUCAUGGCCUCCACUGUUGACACACAUUAAUACGCCGAGCGCAACCGAGCCGCCCCGAUUAGCCGCUCCUAAUGAGGAUAUACAUGGAUUCCCAGACCACAAAUCUCAUGAAUCAUCAGACAGAGUUCAGCAGAAACCUCCAAGAGGUUCCAGUAGCUCCAGUGAUUCUGAGAGCAGUUCAUCAGACACUGACAGUGAAAACAGCAGCAACCCAGAAAAACAACCAGCACCUGAGAGCGCACACACACAGGAACAGAAAGGAAGCGACUGGCAGUUGGGGAGAUGGUUAGAAAUCAGAGAGAACAAGCAGAACACUAAGAGCCUGUGUGAUGUCAUCAAGCCCAGCUCUCGUGAUUCCUCUGGAAGGACAGAAGCUAAAGAUCAUCAGGGUUGCUUAAGUAACCCAAAUCACAGCGACACUGAGGUCAAUCGGACACAGAUGGUGGUGAACACACACACAUGUAAGAGUUUACAGUUGGAGCAUACACGUGUGCAGAUUUCACAGCACAAUGAAAACACGUGCAAACGGCAAGAGAAACACAAGAGAAAGAAAACUGAUCGUCAGACGGACCAGACGAGAUCAACGGAUGAGUCACAGAAACGACAACCGUCUGUCUGCACUAAACACACAGACAGAACUCACAGAAACACGCAUCGCCCCCUGCUGGUGAAGAUAGAGUUAAACCUGCUCUCUAGAAUACCACAGAAGGACAUACGGCGCUCAGGGGCCGCCAGGAAACACACCGGCCCCGCCACGUCUGGACUCAAGAGAACUGCUGAGAGAGAUGAAAAUUCUGAAAGGAAGAAACAGAAACUGGACAAAGAUAGCAAACACUCAUCCUCUUCUAAACACACCAUCAGCCAAUCAGAUGUGUUUAAGAACAACAGUGACAUGAUGAAAAGUCGUCCGACACACAGGCCGUCUGUUCCUCACGAGCUGCAGCGAGACUCAAAACUCAAGCAUCAUUCAGACAGUCAGCAGAAGAGAGCAGGGACUCAUGGGAAGAAACUCAACAAGAGCCGCAGCGGCCAGUCAGUGCAGACGUGUCCAACUGCAGCUAAACCACGCCCACUGCUUCCGCUCCAGCGCAGGCAACUCUCUGCAGAGGAUCAUAUGAAGGAAGCCAAAAAACUGAAGCACCAAGCUGAUGCCACGGUUGAUAAGAUGUUUAAAGCCCUCAGUUACCUGGAGGCUGCGCUGUCGUUUGUGGAGAGCGGUGUUGCCAUGGAGACUGACCCCCAGACGCCCAAAUCUGCAUAUACCAUGUUCACUGAGACUGUUGAUCUGAUCAGGUUUAUAUUGAAACUGAAGAAUUACACGGAUCCGUCAGCUGAUGCUCAUGAGACAGAUUUCCUAGUCCUGUGUUUGCGAUGUCAGUCUCUGCUGCAGAUGGCGAUGUUUCGCUACAAACGAGACUCGGCGCUGAAAUACUCACAAACUCUCACGGAUCAUUUCAAAAGUUCAUCAUGUUCUGCAUCUCCAUGCAUGUCUAAAAGUGUCGUCGCAUCUCCGGUGAGCUCUGGUGGUACUGUCGUCAUUCCUCAGAUCAUCCAGCAGGUGGCGACGUCUUACGUUAGCAUCACAAUGCUGGUCCUGAGCGCUCACGAGACGUGGGAUAAGGCGGAUGAACUCGCUCACAGAGGCAGCGGUUUACUGCGAGAGCUCGAUGGUGUUGUUGGUCCUCUGAGUCUCACGUCUUCCUUGAGUUCAUUAGUGCGGUACACACGACACGGACUGCUCUGGAUCAGACUCGACAUGCACUGAUGUCACUUCCUGUUCAGUCAGUGAGCAUCAGAAGCAUC